GUUCAACUUCAAGCCUGCUCGCAUGUCCUCUCACUUUGUCAUGCACCCUUUUUCCCAAUAUGUCUAUCUCAUCCAUCAUUAUCGACCCAAUGGGCGAUACUCUCAUCACCCUUCCGCACCUAACUGAACUCAGUAUUGAGUGCGACAGCUUGACCGCUCCCUCAGAAAAGAGGGAUGAUUGUGCGGUAAACGCUUACCCGGAGCCCAGUCCAAUCAAAGAAAAUCCUUCAUCUGCAAAAAAGACGACAGAAAUCCGGUCCGAAACCCAUUUCCAAGUGUCCAAGAAACACCUAACGAUAGCUUCACCUCGAGCACAAGCCAUGUUUGCGGGAGGAUUCAAGGAAUCCAUUCCACAAGAUGAUGGACUGUGUCACUGGAAUUUCGAACCAAUCUUUGAUCCGGAGGCUUUUGAGAUUGUGAUGAAGAUCAUCCAUGGAAAGACUCGAAUGCUUCCUCAAAAAGUAACGUUCAAAAUGUUAGCCAGCAUCUCUACUAUAGUAGAUGACUUGCAAUGCCAUGAUGCUACUUGGUUUAUUGUGAGACAAUGGCUGAGCCACAUACCCCAAAACAUUCCGAACGCAAUAUGUAAAGAUCUCGCAAGGUGGAUUUUGAUCUCCUUCGUGUUUGAGGACUCGGUGUCUUUCAGACUCUCAACGCAACAAGCGAUCCUACACAGCGAUGGCCCGAUGCCUAACUUCGACCUUCCUAUUCAUCCCUUGAUCAUUGAUACAAUUGAUUCAAUAAGACAGGAUACCCUUGAAAAGUUGGUCGAGCAUUCACAUGCCUUGAUGAACGGUUUAUGCCGCAAGGAAAUUGGGUGCAACUUUGGGUGCAGGUCCAUGCUACUUGGUGCAUUGAUCCAAGAGAUGAAUUCGGGGCAGCUAUACUCGCCGCGGCCAGUGAAACCAUUUCCAGGUUUGAGUGUAUCGCCGACCAUCCAGAGCCUACGGCACUUCGAGUCACCGGACUACUUUUGUGCAGAAGAAGUACGUUCGAAUAUGACACCUCGAGAGACGUGGCGAUUUACGGAAAAUUCUUACGCCGCAUCGACAUUCAAGUCGAGAAAACCCGGAGCCAUACAGGGAAUCGAGAACAAAGCCUCGAAAAUCCCGGAGCGCCUUGUCUACCACACAUGUUCCUUAGGAACCCUUCUUCACCCUCAGAUAGAUGAACUACACAGGGGAGUCCAAGGUCUGGAUAUAUAUUUCAUGAAUCGUAUGCGUACGAGCAGAGUCUUGGAGGGACUUGCUAGGAGAGUAACGACGAGCUUGUGACCGGACCGACGUCGGAUUUGGCAGAGCGGAGUAAUAAAAAGCUUAUGACGAGGUGUGUUUAGAAGAAGGAAUGGCAGCUCAAUGUUAUUCACCCUCAACAGCGAUCAAGUUAUUAUCCCAGUUCAACUUUUCUUAGUAGGAGGAAUUAUGUCAUGUUUUGUUCACUCAACGUGCCAUCAGUUGCUAAAGUUGUGUUUAUGGUAAGAGGAGAAUAUGUUACAUGAGAGUCUACUAGUACUCGGAAAAAUACUUGAUCUAUUUAAUGUAGAUGAGCAC